AUCCUUGUUUGUUUACAUUUAUUACAAACUUGAAAAUAUAUUUCCCCAAUUGUAUAUUAUUUAUCCGAAUUUGAUAAUUUGAAAGUAGCGACCGUGGAAACGAUUGCAACCUCUAAAUAAACAAAAUAUUUAAUAUAGACAACUCAAAGAUGCCACUAACUGCUGAAAAUGCUGCUCUACAAAUUCAGGACCGUUUAAAAGAUUUGCAGCGACUCAUUCAUCAAAUCGAUGAGGAACGUAGGCGUUCUGAGGCGAAUGUGAAUAGUAUACUUCGCGCACAACAAUCAAAUUUUCCACCACAAAAGUUGAAAACAUUAUUCAAAACGGGACUGCAAGAUGCUUCUCAUGAAGAGGCGACUAUACGUGGUGCUUUAGAAAAAAUACAAGAGAUUCGGAAUAUUCGAAAUGAACGUCGCGUUGCUGCCCGCAAUGCUGGUAAUAAGGAGGCCAUACGUCGAGGAGCCCUUAUGAAAAUGGUUCAAAUUUCUGCACAGACCUUGCCUCUAUUUGUAAGCAAGCCGGGUGAAAAGGUGCCUCCUUUAUGUGGCGCUACGCCAGCGGAAAGCAAUUACAUUGCAAAAGUUGGUGAUAAUGUAGCGGCUUUAGUCAAAGGUGUAGAAGAUGACGAAAAUUGGAUUUUAGCAGAAGUUGUGCAAUUCUUACACAGGCAAAACAAAUAUGAUGUGAUCGAUAUAGAUGAAGAGCAAAAGGAUCGUCAUGUAUUAAGUAAGCGUAAGAUUAUACCACUGCCGUUGAUGAGAGCUAAUCCAGAAACUGAUGGCCAUGCAUUGUUUCCAAAAGACACAGUUGUCAUGGCACUUUAUCCGCAAACUACAUGUUUUUACAAAGCUAUUAUACACCGUUUGCCGCAGACAGCCACAGAGGAUUAUUUGGUGCUAUUUGAAGACUCAUCUUGUACAAACGGAUACGCUGAUCCAUUACCAGUAGCUCAACGGUAUGUCAUUGCUUACAAACCAACAAAGAAGAGUGGAGGUGGUGGAAGUGGAAGUGUUUCUUCAGCAUAAAAAAAACAACGUAUUUAUAUUCAGUAAAUUUAUCUUAUAAAAUAAAAUGUAAUAAUUAAAUCUA